CGUCUGAUCCGGGAAGAAGAAGUUUGCAAGUGAUGGCAAAUGCUCUCUCUUGUUGUUUUAAUGCGUUUGUGCUUCUAUUUUCACCCAUAUAACAGACACGUUACGUUGUCACUGUGUUGAGGAAGACUCGUGGAGUUUAAAGUUUGUUUUCCCAUCCCUAAAUCAGCUUAGCUCGCUAAUGUCCGACGUUAGCAACACGUCGCUACGUAGAGCAAGCGUGACUGUCAAAAUGUUUAAAGUCCAAAUGCUGAGAGCGUUGUUGGAGCAGCGGCUUAAUGCUGCUGUUGAAGAGGUAUUUGGACUGUUUGAAAGAACCAUAGUACAGUACGAGGAGGAACUUUCUCGAUCAAAAGUGGAGAACGAUCGUCAACGCGAACUGCUGGACAAUGUCUUCAAACCGCAUGCUCCGUUACGGAAAGCAGAUGUCCAGCAGGUGUCGGUGGAGAGUGAAGAAGAGGUUCCCUCUGAGCAGCAGGAGUGGAGUGCCGGUGUGGAGCAGGAGGAGCCAGAGCCCCCCCACAUUAAAGAGGAAGAGGACGAACAGUGGGAGCAGCUUCAAGGGCUGCAGGAGGCGGCUAUCACCAAGUUUCCUUUGACUGGUGUCCCUGUAAAGAGGGAGGACAAUGAAGACAAAGCUCAGUCGUCAAAGCAUCUUAUCUGCCAAAGAAAGGAGAACAGACGGGCAGAGAAUCUAAAUCAACACAUGACAACAGAAGAUGAUGGAGGACCACAAGCAGACAGAAACUUUGCUCCACUGUCAGAUGUGGACGACAUGAUGUCGCACUCGUCUGAGUCCGAUCACAAUGACGGCACCAAAGAACUUUUGGAGAUUAGCAAGGACUCUCAAGAUGAUAUGAGGCAUCACAUUGACGACAAACACUUUCACUGCUCUCAGUGUGGGAGAACAUUCAACCAGAAGUGUAAUUUGACAUUACACAUGAGAACACACACCGGAGAGAGACCGUUUGCUUGCACUGUUUGCAAUAAAAGAUUCUCCCAAAAGCAUCAUAUGAAAAGACACAUGAGAAUUCAUACUGGUGAGAAACCCUUUCCCUGUUCAAUUUGUGGAAAACGAUUCAGAGAAAAGUAUGACAUGAAAGUACACAUGAGAACACACACUGGGAAGAGACGUUUUACCUCCGGCAGCGCAGCUCAACUCAACACAUGACAACAGAAGCUGAUGGAGAGCACUGUGGAGGAUCACAAGCAGACUGUAUAACGACUGAGGCUUCCUAACAAGCUCUGACAAUUUGAGCAGGACAAGAACUACAGGUACAUCUCAAUAAAUUAGAAAAAGGUGCAAAAGUUAUUUGAUUUCAGGAGUUCAGUUCACACUAAGAGACCCAUUGAAGGCUCAAGAAGAUUUUGCACUUAAUUUGCCGGGCAGAACAUGAAACAGGAUUUUAUAACAUUGAAAUUUUGACAAUUUUAGUUUAGGGCUAGGAAUCUCACGGUACCCCACGUUACGAUACAAUUUGCAAUACAUACGAUAACGAUAAUAUCUCAAUACGGCAAUAGGGUGAAACAAAAGCAAAAAAAAAAUAAUUUCACAGUUUAUAUUUUGUAGCCUUCAGCUGGGAUAGGCGCCAUCUUACCCGUGACGCUAAUGAGGACAAGUGGUAUAGAAACUGAAUGGCUAUUUUGCAGUGUAUUUUAACCAGGAUACAGCAAGGGUGCAAAAACAUUGAGACUGUUGUAGUGCAGCAUAGUUGUUAACAGGAUUUGUAUUUUAGGUGUGACUCAUUGACCGAGACUGAGUCCACCAUCAGGCCGCAUUUGUUUCUUUUUUUUCCUUCUUCUGUGACUUCCGCCUGAUUUUCUGCCGCUCCUGCGGGGAGCUACUCCUAGAUCACAUGUACAAUGGUGGCGCGCUGAUGAGGAACGGUUGAAGACGUUUGUAGCGGCUUAUUUUAAUAAUAAUACAGUAAUUAAAAAAAACGAUACACAGCAAGAUCGAAUCGAUAAUCCAUCAUAGGAUUAAAAUAUUGCAAUAUAUCGAUUUUUCGUCACACCCCUAAUUUUAAGAGUCACUUUGCCAAAACAGGUUCUGGCAAACCAUCCAGCGCAGCGUCUUCGGUAAUGCGGUUGCUGUACCGGACCGUUGUGGUGAAAAGAGAGAUGAGCCAGAAGGCAAAGCUCUCAAUUUACCGGUCGAUCUAUGUUCCCACCCUCACCUGUGGUCAUGAGCUUUGGGUUGUGACCGAAAGAAUGAGAUCGAGUUUCCUCCGUAGGGUGGCUGGACUCACCCUAAGCUCAGUCAUCCAGGAGGAGCUCAGAGUAGAGCCGCUGCUCCUUCACAUCGAGAGGAGCCAGGUGAGGUGGCUCGGGCGUCUAGUUCAGUUGCCUCCCGGACGCCUCCCUGGUGAGGUGUCCAGCAUGCCCAGCCUGGAGAAGGCCCUGAGGCAGACCUAGGAAACGCUGGAGGGAUUAUGUCUCACAGCUGGCCUGAAAAGCCCAAGUUGAGUUGCAAGUCUUUCAUGAUAUUGUCAAGGCAAGUCUAAAGUCACCAGAAUUGUGACUCGAGUCUGACUCUGGUCACAAUCACGUGACUCGAGUCCACACUCUGCAGCUGAUGAUAAUGAUUUGGCAAAGUUUAGCUACUAACAUUAGCUAUCAUUAAAUGUACUGUAUAGUCUAUGGUGCACCAGAGUGACUGUAAAUUGUUGAUUGCUUCUCAGAGACUGCUUUUGUAUGUAUGCACGCGCUACGGGUACGGGCAUGUACGUGUCUGCGAAACAGCGGAGAGUGACAACCAUGAACACCAAUCAUCUUAUUCAGCCCGAACAACAAUUUCCGACAAUUUUUAUGCAGUUUAAUUUGUAAUUGUGAAAAAUAUAGACAUCUUUUUUGUACAGUCUGUUCUUUUAAACCACUAUUGGUAACAUAUUCUUUCCCAUGGUGUUCUUAUAUUUUUUGGUUUAAAUAAAAAAAGUUUGGAGCGUGUUGCAAACAGUCCCAAGGGACACGCUGCAGCUUCAGGAGAUGAGAGUUUUGUGACAUCAUACAUGGCAGCUACUAGAUAAAGAAAAGCGAAGAAGUGCAGAAGUUUGCCGGAAGCUGUCAAACUGAAAUACAGCAUACAGUAUAGCUGAGCACAGCGACGACGCCAAGGAGCGUAAUAAGAAGGCGAUAUGAGACAUCACAUGAAGCAGCAACGCUUUGACUGUUCUGACUGUGAGAAAACAUUUGACGAGAGGGUUCAUUUGGCAAUUCACAUGAGAACGCACACUGGAGAGAAACCUUUUGCUUGCUCGGUUUGUGCUAAAAGAUUCAACACAAGCGCGUAUGUCAGGAUACACGGGAAUACACACUGGGGAGAGACCCUUUCAUUGCACUAUGCAAUAAGAGGUUCACCUUUAGGGGGGUGUUAGGAAACACAAGUGUACAAGUGACAAAAAAAAACACAACAAAGUUGCAUUCGUUUAAAAAUAUUUUUUCCACAUUGUUCUAAUGUGAGUUUUUUAUUUUCAGUAUAUGUGGCAACAGUACAUGCUUUUGACCAAUUAUACACAUUUUUUUAAAUAUAUAUACAGUACAGGCCAAACGUUUGGCCACACACAAUACAACCCCAUGGUCCCAACCCCAUUAAUAUGGCAAGAAAUUCCACUAAGUAACCCUGAAAGGCACACCAGUGAAGUGAAAACCAUUUCAGGUGACCACCUCAUGAAGCUCAUUGAGAGAACAGCAAGUGUUUGCAGUGCUAUCAAAAAAAAUCAUCAGACAUACUAUAUAUGUCUAAAAUAUAAGACAUAUUUAGAGUUAUUUCACACUUUUUGUUAAGUACAUAGUACCACAUAAUAAAUAAAGAAAAGAAUAAAGAAGGAGUGUCUAAACCUUUGCCCGUACUGAAUGGAAAUUGGAAAUGUUGUCAUG